AUGGAGCUCGCCGUCUCCGGCGGCUCCCUGCGAGCGCUCCAUCGCUCGAUCGCGUUCCUGUCGCGCGUCGGUCCCGAGGUGCUGAUCGACGCGAGCGCGCGCGACGAGACGCUGACGCUGAAAUCCGUCAACGCCGCGCGCUCGGCGUUCGCGCGCGUCGCCGUGCGGGCGAGCGCGUUCGACGCGCGAGAGAUAACCGCGCGCGGAGGACGCGCGCAGACGUGCGCGCUGGCGAAGCACGUGAUGGCGUCGCUGCGGUCGCACGCGCGCGCGGACGUCGUCGUCGUGACGCUGGACGACGAAGACGACGAGGGACGAGAGGCGCGACGACUGCGAGUGACGACGACGAGCGCGAAGAGCGGCACGAAGAAGACGUAUGAGAUGCACGAGGUGAUGGACGCGGAACACGUCGACGCGGAGAUCGACGCGGAGGCGAUGCCGGCGAAGGUGGUGAGCAGGGCGAAGACGCUGCUGACGCUGUUGGCGCACUUUUCGAGCGCGGCGAGAGAGGACGUGACGCUGACGUGCGGGAUCGAAUCGGACGUGUGCGUGGACGGGGACGCGGCGGGAGCGGCGAAGAUCGUGACGCUGUCGAGUUAUUUGAGUCCGGGAGGGGGGUUGAGUCAGGCGUUGCAGACGAGCAUUUCGUUGAGACGCGACGACGAAUCGAUUUUGUUUUAUAGAAACACCGCGGCGGCGCCGGUGGAGGUGACGGUGAAUUUGAAGGAUUUGCGCAGCAUCGUUCAACUGUGCGAGAGUUCGGACGUGGAUGUGGCGAUUUAUUGCGCGCAGGCGGGCGCGCCGGUGGUGGUGAAGCCGACGGCGGAUUUCAAAAUGUUUCAUCAACGCGACGCGUUCGGGAACCAGCCGCAGCACACCACCGCGCCCGCGAGCGUCGAUUUCGAAGCUGAACUCGUGUUGGCGUCCAUGCUUCCUCCCGAGGACGCGUCAGCGGUGGAACCGAGCCAAUGCGAGCAGCCGCGCGUCGAGGCGCCGGCGCCGCUUCAAAACGCGCCGUUAGGAAGUCAGCCUUGGAGCGCGGUGCCUGAUAGCGAGAACGCGUCGCAGCGAGAAGUCGGCGGCGGUGUCGACGCGCCGAGUCGACCGUGGGGGCGAGAGGCACCCAACGACGCGGCUACGACGGUUUUGAAUGACAACGACGACUGGGCGCACGACGAAUUCGUCGAAGCCACGCCUCCGGAAAAACGACAACGGCAGUAG